GUGUGUGUGUAUAUAUAUAUAUUAUAUAUUCAAAAAAAAACAAAAAUAAAGGGCAGCCCACCCUCACGGAGUGGAAGUUAUCACUAAUGGGAUUGAAGUUCAACUUGCUACUCAAGAGGAAACUGCAGUUCACUGAGACGCAACCGUGGAGCUGGCCGUUGGAGACCCGAGCGCGGGGAUGAUCAGGAUUUUCCCGGAUUUCAGUGUGCAAGUAACGGCAGCAACUGGUGGGGGAGGCGCCGCGGUUACUGCUGCACCUGGAGUGGGGAGACCCGCCGCCGCAGCUGCUAAUGGGACGCCCCAAAACGUGGGGCUCACAUCUUACCAACAACGAGGACCUUCAUUCUGCUACCAAGCCUCAGUCAUGCCAAGUUUACAAGCCUUGCGAAAGGAGAAAUCUCGAGAUGCUGCUCGAUCUCGCCGGGGAAAGGAAAACUUUGAAUUUUAUGAAUUGGCAAAAUUGCUCCCACUCCCAGCAGCCAUCACAAGUCAGUUAGACAAGGCAUCAAUCAUCCGACUCACCAUUAGUUACCUGAAAAUGAGGGAUUUUGCCAACCUAGGUGACCCUCCCUGGAACUUGAGAAUGGAAGGACCACCACCGAAUAUUUCUGUGAAAGCUAUAGGAGCCCAACGCAGGAGGAGCCCAAGUUCCACGGCGAUUGAAGUGUUUGAAACGCAUUUGGGCAGCAAUAUUCUACAGUCUCUGGAUGGAUUUUUAUUUGCACUAAAUCGAGAAGGAAAAUUUUUAUACAUCUCAGAAACAGUCUCCAUCUAUCUGGGCCUUUCACAGGUGGAACUGACAGGCAGCAGUGUGUUUGAUUAUGUCCACCCUGGAGACCAUGUGGAGAUGGCAGAGCAGCUGGGCAUGAAACUUCCCCCAGGGCGAGGCAUUCUCUCACAGGGUACCGCAGAGGAUGGAGCCAGCUCAGCAUCUUCGUCCUCACAGUCGGAGACCCCUGAGCCAGUGGAAUCUACAAGCCCAAGUUUACUGAGUAAUGACAAUACCUUGGAACGAUCAUUUUUUAUCAGAAUGAAGUCAACACUGACCAAACGGGGAAUUCACAUCAAGUCAUCGGGCUAUAAGGUAAUUCAUAUAACUGGACGGAUGCGCUUGAGAGUUUCUCUUUCUCACGGACGUGUGCUGCCUACACAGAUCAUGGGACUUGUAGUUAUGGCUCAUGCUCUGCCUCCUCCAACUAUUAAUGAAGUCAGGAUUGACUGCCAAAUGUUUGUCACCAAAGUAAAUUUGGACCUCAAUAUUGUUUACUGUGAAAACCGGAUAAGUGACUACAUGGACCUAACUCCUGUCGACAUUGUGGGCAAAAGAUGUUAUCAGUUCAUUCAUGCUGAAGAUGUAGAAGGGAUCAGGCACUGUCACUUGGAUUUAAUAAAUAAGGGCCAAUGUGUAACUAAGUACUAUCGCUGGCUACAGAAAAGUGGAGGUUAUAUUUGGAUCCAGUCCUGUGCUACUAUUGCCAUCAAUGGAAAAAAUGCUAAUGAGAAGAAUGUCAUCUGGGUCAAUUAUCUUCUAAGCGAUCCUGAAUACAAGGACAUUCCGAUGGAUAUUGUACAGUUGCCCAAUCUUCCUGAGAAAACAUCUGAAUCAUCUGAGACUUCUGAUUCCGAAUCUGAUUCAAAAGAAAACUCAGAGGAUAAUGAAAAUCCCAAGUCAGAUGAGAAGGGAAACCAGUCUGAAAACAGUGAUGAUCCAGAGUCAGACAGUAAGAAGCAGUCUGGGAACCACCCAGACCAUGAAAUGAACUGCAACGAUGAUGGCAAUAGCUCCAGCAACCAGGACAGCAGGGACAGUGAUGAUAGCUUUGAAAAUUCAGACUUUGAGGGCCAGAAAGCAGCUGAGGACAGCUUUGGCACUUUUGGUUCUAUGCAGAUCAAAGUGGAACGAUAUGCAGGCAGUGAAUCAGAGAUGCACUUGCCAAACCGGGAGUCAGUGACCUCAGACAGUGCCAAGGAUUCCGACAGCGCAGGAGAGAUGAACAUCCAGUCUUCCAGCAAACAUCAGAAGAGAAAGAAGAGGAGAAAAAAACAAAAAGGAGGCAGUGUUACACGUAGAAGGCUGUCAAGCGCUUCAAGCCCUAGUGGACUUGACCCAAACAUAGUAGACCAGCCUCAACUACUGUCUUCACCAAACAGUGCCUCAGUGCUUAAAAUUAAAACAGAAAUAACAGAACCUAUAAAUUUUGAUAAUGAUAGCAGUAUUUGGAAUUACCCUCCAAACAGAGAGAUCUCAAGGAAUGAAUCCCCUUUCAGUAUGACCAAGCCCCCUAGCUCUGAGCACUUCCCUUCUCCACAGGCCAGCACUAGUUUACACGUCACCAUUCCAGAUUCUGUUCUCACUCCCCCAGGGACUGAAAACACUGCCAGCCGUAAAACUCAGUUCAGCACCUCAUCCAGUGCCACCUUGGCUUCUGUAUCAUCAGACCCUCUCUCUCCCCCUCUCUCAGCUUCCCCACGAGACAAGCAGCCUGGUGGCUCCAGCACCACCAGUUCCGUGCUGUACACUAGUGACCUAGAAACUCUGCAGAGAUUACAGGCUGGUAAUGUGGUGCUUCCCCUAGUUCAUAGGGUGACAGGAUCCCUGGCUGCCACCAGCACUACUCCUCAGAGGGUGUAUACCACUGGCACCAUUCGGUAUGCUCCAGCUGAGGUGACUUUUGCAAUGCAGGGCAACUUGCUGCCUAACGCUCAUGCUGUUAACUUUGUGGAUGUUAACAGUUCCAGUUUUGGGUUAGAGCCCAAGACGCCAAUGGAAAUGCUUUAUCACCACGUACAUCGAAUUAAUAUGUCAGGGCCAUUCGGGAGCACUGUGAGUGGGGCCAGUUUGUCCCAAAUGCCUGCAGGGAAUAUGUUCACAACAGCAGAGGGACUCUUUUCCACACUUCCGUUUCCUGUGUACAGUAAUGGCAUUCACACUACACAAACGCUGGAACGUAAAGAGGAUUAAACUAUGACCAUAUACUGUGUUCAGUGUUAUACUCUGAGGCAUAGACAAUGUUUUCAUCUGAACUCUAGUGCUAGCACUUUGAACUUGAGCAGGUCAGCUCAUGCCAUCAAUACAACAGUUUUGUGUCUCCCUUGAACUAUGACUAAUCAUUCUGUGAUGUAAAGAGUUAUUUUUUUGCCUUCAGAGAGUUGAAUUACUAGUUACUUGUAAAUGUUUCUUCAAAGGUGUGUUUUCCGUUGCAUCUUUGUGAAGAUGCCUUUAAUGUGUACAUGACUCUGCCAUAAGAUGCAAAUGCAAUGGUCAAGAGGUUGUAAAAUGAAAGAAUCACAGAUUUUAAUCUAUAAUGAUCUUGAUAUGAUCAAGGUUGAAGGAGGUAAGUAUGGAACAGUGACCCUGUUUGACUAAGUCAGACAUUUAAAGGGGUUCUCUUUUUUUUCCUUUUUAAAAAUAGGGCAUAGUAUUUUGGAAUUUUAUGCAGAGUUUAAUUCUUUUUUAUGAUUCAGAUUUUUCUUACUUGCACAUAAAGCAAUUUGGGUUCUUACAUAAUUUGAUUCUGGCCUGUGACUAGAAUGUUAAACUCUUGAAAACCGUAGGAAGGUGGAAUCCAUGUGUAGUUAAUGAACCAUAAGUAGUCGUUACUUUUUGCUACCAUGGUGCUACCAUUUAUUAACCUUUGUUGUUUUCGUAAAAUAUGCAGCGGAUGGGCUGGAGUUUGUGGGAGAAAACUGUUUUGUACUAGACAAGUGGAUUUAGUUGCUAGCUUGUGGCUGCAGUUCCCUCAUUUUCUUAUGACCAGUACCUGCAUUAACAUCUGCUGCAGCCACGUAAACUUUACCUCCAGACUAAAAAACAAUGCCUCACACCAACGUUUUUAUAGUCAUGCCUUUUUUGAAAGUGCUUUAAGGAAACUCAAUGAGAUUGAGUCGAGGCAAGCUAUUUGCAUUUAUUUUCAGUUAUGUUUUUUCCCUCAGUAUAACUGAGGCUAAUCGACAACUUUAAAUAACAUUGUUUUAGAGUUCUAAAAGGAAUAUUUAACAUGUCGUUUCUUUAUUCUUCGCUUUUUGUUUACUGAAAUAGAGGAAAUUAUAAUUGUGCUUUAGUUGUUAGUACUGAAACAGAAAUUCAAGAUCGGGUUUAUAAGCUUGGAAUAGGUACACAAAUGAUAACUGCACAUGAAUUAAUAGACUCAGAAUUCUAUUUUUCUGUCAUCAUUUUGCCAAAAACACAUUCUAGUGUUUGACACUAUUUGUGAUUGUCAGUAUAAAUGCUUCUUUCACUCCAUCUUUGGCAGCUGUUCAUUAAGGCAUCUAAUAAUGAGAGUGACAUCAGUAAUGUGUACAAUGUGUAAGUGUCCUUGACUGUCAGUCCCAUUGCAAAAUUUUAAUGUGUGUUACUAUAUGCAGUAUAUACUAAGCUAAUGUGGCAAUAUUGUCCUUUGUCUUCACUGUGCUUUAUCUCUAGUCUGCAAUGGUCAGUUCCAUUACCGCAAUCCUAGUGAACCAGUGAUUCUUGGGAGGUGGUGUUUUUGUGUAAUGGCCUUUCUCUGUAGUGUCACCUUAUGCUGCUCCCCCUGUCUGUAUAUUUUUUGUUUCUGCUGUUGCUUUGCUGUGUAUUCUUCAGACCUCUCUCAGAGAUAAAAGACUCUUAACUAGCUCAUGGUUAAUGGAGCCAUUUUCACAGAGGAAUUCUGGGCAUGACUUAUCUUCCAUCUUGCCAAACAAUGCACUAAAUAGCAGGGCUCGGAUGUGGGUGCCAGAUUGCUGCCAUGGAGCCUCAGCUAUAAACAUUCCCAGAGUCCCUUGUGCUCUAACUGCAAACAAUAGCUAAAAACAGCAAAAAGGAGCUGUUUUUUAAUGUUUCUGUGUCGGUGUCAGAUGGUUUCUGGUGAUUUGAACUAACAAUAAUCACAGCUACUGUCAAAUCACAUAGUGUUUAAAAUUACAGUAUGAAAAAUUCAUCACCUGUGAAGGCUGUGUCUGUGUUUUUAACUAUUUCUUGUACAAGUAUAUAAAAUAUUUUAUGAGGAACUGGUGCCAAGUAGCUGAAUAAUGGGGUAAGGGAUUCUGUUAGGUAUCAAUGUUAACAGUGUUACAAGCUCUACAAUACAAAACGAUUAAAAGUAAAUUUAAAGAGA